AGCAUAUCACGAUUCUGCCACGAAACCCCAAAUUCCAUAAUUGUUAGGGUUUUGCCACGGAAUGUCGACGGGCAGGCCAAAGGACGGUGACACCCAGUUGGCGUUAACGGAGCCGAAAUCAGGGCUUCCGCCGCGACCUAAGUCGACUGCAUCGACGGCGAUUAUGGAGUACGAGAAACCGGUAUUCAAGGAGGAGGAAGAGGAUUUGGAGGUGAAGCUUCGUCGCAUUAUAGAGAAUGUUCCCGUCCGUGUUAACAAUACCUCCGGAAGUUCUGCUGGUUCCGGGUCCGGCGAUUUCCACCAGUAUCGUCAAAUGAGACGAAAGGAGCAAGACAGACUUGCGAGAAUGGAUGCUGACUACCAGAAAAGGAAGGAAAUAACCGAGUUUAACAUGAGAAGGGAAGAAAGAUUGAAAGCUGGCGAGGAACGGACGGCUAAGAAGCGCCUGAAACGCCAAAAGAAAAAGCAAAGGAAGAAGGAGAAGAAGACGAAAACAAGUGGUGAGGAAGGAGAGAACAAGAAGGAAGAAUCUUCAGAUGAUGAAGCUUACUCUGAACACGAUGAAGCAGCAGCACAAUGAACAAACAUUUGCUUGAUAUCCAUGCUUCAUCCUUUAUUGUGAGCGUUGCCUCCGAUUUGAUGGAACUAGAAAUACCAACAACGAGAAGCGAAUGCAUGAGGCCUGAGGGUAAUGUAACUUGGAAAGAAAAGGUUCUGAGUUAUUAAUUUGAUUUCUGACAUCAAAAACAUAUCAAAUGAGUUCAUCU